CUUCAGUUGAGAAAACUUGGAGAAAAGGCAAACAUGAGUCUCUCUGGAAAGGACAAGAGUGUGGUGAAGGCUUUCUGGGACAAAGCUGCCCCGAAGGCCGCUGAUAUUGGGGCUGAAGCUCUGGCCAGGAUGCUGAUUUCCUACCCUCAGACCAAGACCUACUUUUCUCACUGGUCCGAUCUGAGCCCUGACUCUGCUCAGGUGAAGAAGCACGGAGCUACCAUCAUGGSAGCCGUUGGAGAGGCCGUGGGAAAGAUCGAUGACCUCACUGGUGCCCUGUCCAAACUGAGCGAGCUGCAUGCCUUCAAGCUCCGAGUGGACCCUGCUAACUUCAGGAUCCUGGCCCAUAACAUCAUCCUGGUGCUGGCCAUGUACUUCCCUGCUGACUUCACCCCUGAGGUCCAUGUCUCCGUCGACAAGUUCCUGAACAACCUGGCCCUGGCUCUGUCCGAGAGGUAUCGCUAAACAACCCAGGACCUGAACGAGGAUCGACUGCAUUCCAUCACCUUUGUCUCCUUUAAACCAGAGGGUUUGAUGAAUAAAGCCAAUAAAUAUAAAAUAUUCAGAAAA